AUGCAAGCCCUGCUUCAGGUGGUGCCCACUGUCCAAAGCUUUAGUGCUGCUAUCACUGCUUGUGAGAAGGGCUUGCAGUGGCAACGUGCGGUCGGAUUGCUCUUCCAGAUGAAGUCGAGCCGUACUGCCCCAAAUGUGUUCAGCUUUAGUGCAACGAUCAGUGCUUGCGCGAGCUGUGGUCAAUGGCAGAAGUCCCUGAUGCUUUUGUCACAACUGCCCGAAGCGGGUGUUGUGCCCAAUGUGAUUAGUUUUAAUGCCGGCAUCACGGCCUGUGAGAAAGGCAGUGAGUGGCAAAAGGCGCUCCAUCUGUUCUCACAGAUUGCUAUUGAAAGGCUCCACCCCAGUGUAAUAAGCUUCAGUGCAAGCAUCAGUGCAUGUGAAAAGGGCGGCGAGUGGCAGAUGGCACUGCACCAACUAGCUCAGAUGUCGUUGGCCAAGGUGUCGCCCAAUCAAGUUAGCUUUAAUGCGGCCAUCAGUGCUUGUGAGAAAGCAGGCGAAUGGCAACUCGCUCUGCAACUACUGUCGCAGUUGUCUGCAACGAGGCUGGAACUUAGCAGAGUGAGUUUCAACGCCAGCAUGAGCGCCUGUGCAAAAUCCAGCGAAUGGCGGAUGGCAAUCCACUUGAUGGAAUCGAUGUCUUCGACGGAGCUUCGGCCAAAUGGAAUCAGCUUCAAUGCAGGCAUCAGCGCAUGUGAGAAGGGCAAUAUCUGGACACAGGCUUUGCAUCUCUUAGCACUUAUGCCGACAGUCAGAGUUCGACGGGAUGUGAUCAGCUUUAAUGCUUGCCUUACUGCCUGCGAGAGGUCGGGCAAAUGGCAAGCCGCCCUUUGCCUGCUUUCAGAGCUCUCCGCCGAGAUGUCACCCGAAACCAUCAGCUUCAGCGCUUGCAUUUCGGCCUGUGAGAUCGGGAAUGCAUGGCAGAUGGCUCUUCUUUUGUUUUCCCAGCUGCCUCGGAAGAGGUUGAUGCCCGAUGUGGUCAGUUUUACCGCUGCCUGUGGCGCCUGCGAGAAAGGUGGAGGCCUCAUGGUAUCCCUCUACCUCCUCCAGACUUUGAGGACCAGCGCCCUGCGGGCCUCUCGGGUCCCGCAAGGCAUAGGGUGA